UAGCCGAAGCAUAUCCGAAUGUAAUUUUUAUUAGUACAAAUAAUACACAAUGUCAAAUCUGAAACAAGAACUACCUGAAUGGUGCCAGAAAGAUUUUGUUCCUUUCCAAGAUACUUUUGAAUAUACUCCAGAGGACAAAAUAAUUGAAUGGAAAGAUCAUUUAUUCAUUCCACAGUUUCACCCAGAAACAGUAUCCUAUGCUUUCGAUCAUCAUGAGCCAAGAGAAAACGAAGUUAUGGUGGCAUCGUAUGCGAAAACAGGCACUACAUGGACUCGAGAAUUGAUUCGUCAGAUAUUAUAUGGAAGAGACGAAAAACUUGAUGAACUGACAAAAGAUAUCACUUUACCUCAUUUGUAUCUUGAAACAUGUACACCUUCCAAGUUCAACGUUAUGCACAAUAUUCCUAUACCUAGAAGAUAUUUUGUUACGCAUCUACCAGCGGAAUUGGUAAAUUUAGAAAAAUAUAAAAGACGAAACAUUAAGGCGAGUCUAUGCUAG